CUUCUAGAUAUGUGCAUGUGUAUCUUUGGAUUCUGCUUCUCUUCACUGCUUCUGUUUCCAUUAACCAACACUAUUGAAAGCUUUGUUCAGAGAAUAACCCAGAACCAUGGAAGUAGUACAAGACGUUGUGAUUGUGGGAGCUGGAAUCUCUGGCCUCACAACUUCCUUGGGACUUCACAGGUUGGGUAUUAGGAGCUUAGUGCUGGAGUCAUCUGAUAGCUUGAGGGCAACAGGGUUUGCAUUCACAACUUGGACUAAUGCGUGGAGGGCUUUAGACGCUAUUGGUAUUGGUGAUUAUCUGCGGCAGCAACAUGAGACUAUUCUUGGGAAUGUGGUUUCCUCGAGAAUUUCGGGGCUUCAGAUGUUUGAGAUGUCAUUUAAGGAGAAAGGAAAACAUGGAGACCAUGAAAUUCGUUGUGUGAAAAGGAAGUUGCUGUUGGAAUCCCUUGCAAGUGAACUCCCUAGUGGCACCAUCAGGUUCUCUUCAAAGGUUGUUUUGAUUGAGGAAUCAGGCUGCUUAAAGCUGGUGCAUCUUGCUGACGGAACCAUCCUCAAAGUCAAGGUUUUGGUUGGCUGUGAUGGAGUAAAUUCAGUGGUUGCAAAAUGGCUGGGCUUCAAGCCGCCAGUCUUUACAGGAAGAUCUGCCAUUCGAGGUAGUGCUGAGUUCAAGAGCAGCCAUCAGUUUGAUCCCAUGUUCAUUCAGUACUUUGGCAAUGGUGUUAGAUCUGGUGUCGUUCCCUGUGAUGAUAAAAAUGUUUACUGGUACUUCACUUGGUCUCCCUCCAGCCAAGAGAGAGAGCUAGAGAAGAAUCCAGUUCAGUUGAAGCAAUAUAUGUUAACCAAGCUCGGAAAGGUACCAGAUGAAGUAAGGGCUGUUAUGGAAAACACUGUAUUGGAUGCUUUUAUAUCCUCUCCACUGAGAUAUAGGCAUCCUUGGGAAAUUCUUUGGGGAAAUAUUAGCAAAGGUAAUGUAUGUGUAGCUGGAGAUGCGCUCCACCCGAUGACCCCAGACCUUGGACAAGGCGGCUGUGCUGCACUAGAAGACGGUGUUGUAUUAGCAAGGUGUCUCGGUGAGGCUUUGUUGAAGAACAGGAGGCAAGAAAUUAGAAAUGAAAGUGAAGAAGGAAAAGAUGAAUACAAAAGGAUUGAAAUAGGCUUGAAUAAGUACGCAAGUGAGAGGAAAUGGAGAAGUUUUGAUCUUAUUAGUACAGCUUAUGUGGUUGGUUCUAUACAGGAGGCUGAUGGAAAAAUAAUGACUUUCUUGAGGGACAAGUUUUUCUCUCCAAUCUUGGCCGGGUUGCUGUUGAAAAAGGCUGAUUAUGAUUGUGGGAACCUGAGAAGCUCUUAACUGCUAUGAGCAAAUGAUACAACUUUCGUAUAAGAGUUUUCAAGAUUCGAUUAUUGUUAUAUAUAUCAGUCAUAUUCUGUAAUUCUAAGCAUCCUAUGUAAUAUGUAAUAUAUAUGAAGAAUACCCAUUGGAGUGCACUACGAAGGGUUUCUGUAUAAAAUCAAAACUUGUAUUCUGGGAGUCUGUUUGGUAGAUUGUGUCAAUUUGAUUUUGUUUGAUAGAGUGUACUCAUAUCCAUCAUUAAUGUAACAUUCAGUUCAAUCAUCUCAGAUGAUUUAUUCUAU